UCAUCCUUUUCCUUUUCCUUUACUUAUAUAAUUUCAUAAACUCAACGUUCUCUUCCAAGGAAGUCCCAUUUGAGGAUGUCUAAUAUCAUCGAAGUCGGUGCUCCACCUCCGCGUUCAUCAUCCUCUAAAGCUCGCAAUUUCGUUUCCCCCUCUACCGGGCUUUCAAAAACGCUUUCCUCAGAAAAAACAUUCGAAAAGGUCAACGGCAACCAUGAGGCUGAGUCUCACAUAUACAGGGAUGAAGAUUCAAUGGAAGAAGACAUCAUGGGAGAAGAGAGUAUGCUCGUGGAUACCGAUCAAGAGGAGGACAGUGAUGAAGAUGAGGAAAAGGAAGUCAUUCAUGUUGAAGUUCGACAGAAACCCUUUUCUCAUUUGCGAGAGCAGCCAAUCAUGCAAAUCGUCACCCAAUUUAUUCAAGAAGACCUGGCAAGGAUAGAAUUGGGAUGUGAGUUGUCCGGAUGGAAUGAGAUUAAGAUCCUGAGGGACCAUGUCGAGCGUAUAUGGGUAGAAGAAGGAGUCGCAGGGGUUGCAUCGGUGCAAGUUUCAGAAGUAGACAUUCAAGUGCAUGUUUACAAGACUUCUUUGAAUAAUGAAGUUGAAGAUUUCUCAGCAGAUUUGGAUGACGAUGAUAGCGAAGAGAAGGUCUCUGCGGCCUCUGUUCGUUCAUUACCUUCUGCUGAGCUCGACGGCAUUUGGGACACGCUGGUCUACUCUGAUGACAUCAAAGCUCGUCUUCUCAACUACAUUUACUCUACUAUUCUGUUCUCUGAGAGCGAUAUCGACUUUAACGUCAUAGCGUGGAACAGGGUCAUUUUGUUGCAUGGUCCUCCUGGAACGGGGAAGACCAGUUUGUGUAGAGCGUUGGCUCAGAAAAUGUCCAUACGGCUGUCUCAAAAGUAUCGACAUGGCAAAAUCAUCGAAAUCAAUUCACAUUCCCUAUUCUCCAAGUGGUUUUCUGAGUCAGGCAAGUUGGUGCAAAAGUUAUUCCAGACUGUUACAGAAAUGGUGGAGGAUGAAUCUGGUUUUGUAGUGGUCAUGAUUGAUGAGGUGGAGUCUUUAACAGCGGCAAGAGCAGGCGCCAUGAAGGGCAACGAACCAUCUGAUUCUCUGAGAGUCGUGAAUGCUCUUUUGACUCAACUGGAUAAGCUGAGGACUCGCAAGAAUGUGCUGGUGAUGACCACGUCCAACCUCGUCGAUGCUAUCGACGAAGCAUUCAUAUCCCGAGUCGAUCUCCUCGAAUCAGUUCCUCUCCCACCCCCACGAGCCAUCUAUUCUAUCCUGUCUGGAUGUUUAAAAGAAUGUAUCACCAGAAAACUCAUCAAGCGAUGUCGGAUAUUGGAUUGGAAAGCGGCUGAAGAGGCGCUCCGAGAGCGAAAGUUUGCCGGUGAAGUGUCGGUAGCAGAAAAAGAGAAGGAGGCAAGAGAAGUAAGGGAGAGAGGGGUGGCGGCUUCACUAGCCGAUCUAGCUGUCAAAUGUCACGCGCUCGAGCUUUCCGGCCGAACACUGCGCAAACUUCCAGUCAUCGCCCAUGCUCGAUAUCUAUCUUCCUCAUCUUCCUCUACAUCAUCUAUGGGAGAGUAUAGAUCACUGAAGGUGGAGAGAUGGAUAGAGGCGAUGGGUAAGGUAGUGUAUAUUGAGCAAGAGAAGAAACACGACUUGACACGUGGAGGGAGUACGCUUGAUGCCGUUCGUGGUGAGACGGAUGCCAGGCGGGACGGGAUGAAUGGUCAUGCCGAAGCACAUGGACAUGGACAUUCCCAUAUGGAGAAGAAUGAGGUGGGGAUGAUGGUGGGUACAAAGGUGAAGCAUUAAACAGGUGCCGUGUGGAGUCCACAAUGGUUCAUUUUGCAUGCGCAUAAUUCCUUGCAUGUUUUCAUGAUACAUACUUGCAUCCUCUUUCGCUUUGCCAGGUGUAGCAUCUCUUUCUAUGCAUUUGCCAAUUUUCUCAUCCC